AUGGACGCCAUCAAGGACACGGUCAACAGCGCGCUCGAGAAGCUCAACAUCACAGGGGGCGCAUCUCAGGGCACACCGGCGAAGGAGCCAUCAGAGGAGCAGCUGAACGAGCUCAAGUCCAAGUACCAGAAGGCUGGCCAAGAGCAAGUUUUUGCUUUCUACGACAAGCUCUCCACUGCUGAGAAGGCCACCCUCUACGAGCAAUUGAGCAACUUCAACCCUGACUACAUCAACGAAAUCACCGAGCGCGCCCUCCACCCCGCCGAAGCCGAAGCCACUGAGAACAAGCUCGAGCCCCUCCCCGAAAAUGCCACAUCUUCCGUCCUCUCCUCCCAGCAGGAAGAUCUCGACAAAUGGUACAACAGCGGAUUGGACCUCAUCGCCGAGAACCAGGUCGCGGUUGUGCUGAUGGCCGGUGGCCAGGGUACCCGUCUGGGCAGCUCAGCGCCCAAGGGAUGCUUCGACAUUGGACUGCCCAGCAAGAAGAGCCUGUUCCAGCUGCAGGGUGAGAGGAUCAAGAAGGCCGAGAUGCUGGCCGCCAAGAAGCACAACAAGGAGAGCGUUACCAUCCCGUGGUACGUCAUGACCAGCGGCCCUACUCGCGGCCCUACCGCCGACUUCUUCGAGAAGAACAACUACUUUGGCUUGAAGAAGGAGAACGUUGUCAUUUUCGAGCAGGGUGUCUUGCCAUGCAUCUCCAACGAGGGCAAGAUCCUGUUGGAGAGCAAGUCAAAGGUCGCCGUCGCUCCCGAUGGCAACGGUGGUCUCUACCAAGCUCUUAUCCAGUCCGGUGUCGUACAAGACAUGGGCAAGCGUGGCAUCCAGCACAUCCACGCAUACUGUGUCGACAACUGCCUGGUCAAGGUCGCCGACCCUGCCUUUAUCGGUUUCUCCGCGUCGAAGAACGUUGACAUCGCUACCAAGGUCGUUCGCAAGCGCAACGCCAAGGAGUCUGUCGGUCUCAUCCUCCAGAAGAACGGCAAGCCAGAUGUUGUCGAGUACUCAGAGAUCUCAACCGAAGACGCAGAGGCCAAGGACUCCAAGGACUCGAGCCUACUCAAGUUCCGCGCCGCCAACAUCGUCAACCACUACUACUCAUACAAGUUCCUUGAGAGCAUCCCAGAGUGGGCAAAGAAGCUUCCUCACCACGUUGCGCGCAAGAAAAUUCCUUACGUUAACACCGAGACCGGUGAGACCAUUAAGCCAGAGAAACCAAACGGCAUCAAGCUGGAGCAAUUCGUCUUCGACUGCUUCCCCUUCCUGACUCUGGAGAAAUUCGCUUGCAUGGAAGUGAAGCGUGAGGACGAGUUCUCGCCCCUGAAGAAUGCCCGCGGAACUGGUGAGGACGACCCUGAUACCAGCAAGCAGGACAUCAUGACCCAGGGCAAGAAGUGGGUCCAGGCCGCUGGCGCCACCGUUGUCAGCGAGGACGCUGAGGCCGGUAUCGAAGUAUCACCAUUGAUCUCAUACGGUGGCGAAGGCCUUGACUUCCUUAAGACCAAGACCCUCAAGGCUCCUGCUGUCAUCGAGUCUGAAGACUAG